UGUCUGCAGACAGAACAUGGCUGACCUGUCAGAAGACCAAUGAGAGAGAGGCCAAAUUUUACAUUAUCGAUCUGCUUUCCCUGGGCGUUUGGACCACGGUCCGUCUCUCCAACACAGUGUGAAACGCAACAGCCAAGAUGAGUGGGUUACCAGAUGGGCUGACCAAUGGCCCCAGUAAAAGUGACCAUGUGGAUAAUGGCGCUCAGGUUUGGGAGAGGCCGUGGACUAUAGCAGAAAUGAAACAGAACAGCGCCAACUGGUCCCUGGCAGCUGACUCAGGGCUUUUCCUGUUCCUUCAAGACUUCAGCCAGAGAAUGUUGUCCAAGACUCACGAGAUCGAAAAACAGCUGGACAGCCUGAUCCGAGACACGAAGGCCACGGACAGCUGCCUGCAUUCUGUGUUCAACGACUUCCUCAUGCUGUCCAAUACACAGUUCAUAGAGAAUAGGGUUUAUGAUGAAGAAGUGGAGGAGACAGUAGCCAAAGCUGACGCAACAGAAAAACAGCCCGAGCAGGAGAAGACGAAGGAGCAGAAGGAGGCCGAGCUCAUCCCUAAAAUGCAGGAGGCGGUCACUUAUGGCCUCAAAGUCCUGGAGUCCGCGUUUGAACAUCUGGACAUUAAAGCUGGAAACUCCGACUCAGAGGACGAAGAGGUGCCUGACAGAGUGGACGCCAUUUUGGAGCCCAAGGACCUUUAUGUAGACAGACCCCUCCCAUACCUAAUCGGCUCCCAGGCUUUUAUGGAGCAAGACGACGUGGGCUUGGGUGACCUCUCCAGUGACGAAAUGUCCGUGGACAGUGACAGAGACAGUGUGAUUGAAAGUGAAGAUGGCAAAGCUGCUGUGCAUUCAGAUGAAGACUACAACCAGGAUGACAAUGAGACUCCGGAAAUUAAAAAGAAGUCGUCCAUGUUGAGUUAUGAUGACGAUGAAGAUGAUGAGGACUCCGACAUAUUUGGAGAAUCUGACAAGGAGGAAGAAGAAGAUACAAAGAGCACACACCAGGCGUCCUUUGCAGAUGAGCUGGCAGCUAGAAUCAAAGGAGAACCUGUGAUUAAACCAGAGGUGGACCGUGCAUCACUGUCCUCUAAGAAGAAGAGUAAGAGCCGGAAAGAGUCCAAGCCUGCCAAACCAGAGGCGGACGAGGACAGUGAUGACAUGUUCAAGCCUCCAAAGAUGGACUACGAAGAGGAGGAGGACGAGGAAGACCUGUCUCCAUUUGGAGUAAAGAGCGGACUCUUCAGUGGGGGGGGCCUGUUUGAUGAUGAUGACGAGGGAGACCUUUUCUCUGAUGCACCUAAACCACCAGUGAAGGAGGAAAAAAUACAACACACCGCAAAAACAACAGCACCAUCUACAGGUUCCACAAAGUCUGGAAAGAAGAUUCCAGUUGGUGGAGUUUCAAUAUUCCCAGAGAAUAAUUUGUUUGGUUCACCGCCUGACACCGAACCUGUGGAGAGUAAAGAAAACGGGACUCCAGCUGCUAAAACCCCGAUGGGAGGAGGGCUGUUUGAUGAUGAAGAGGAGGAUGACUUCUUCAGCGGAAACUCAGUCAAAACAUCUGCAGUAAAGGAGAAGCCCAAACCUAAAAAGGCUGUUGAUCUGUUCGAUGAUGAGGAUGAAGAUGGAGACCUUUUCAGUCACAAGUCCAGCUCCACUCCUCAGAGCAAGAAGGAAGCAGAGGAACCACAAGUGAAGCCUCCAGAGAAGAAGAUGCCUGCUGGGGCUGUGUCUCUGUUUGGUCCCGGGACAAAGAGCCUUCUGUCUGAAGGCCUAAAGAAGCACCUCCCCUCCACCAGCCAGGAGCCACAGAGAUCUGAGGAGAACGGGAUUGUUCCAGAAGUUACAAAACCUGCUCCACAGCCCCAGAAGCCUACUAGCACAGGCCUGUUUUCAGAUGAUGAGGACACACAGAAUGGAAUAGCCCCAGAGGUUGAAAAGCCUUCUACAAAGCUCACAGCGCAGUCUCAGUCCAGGGGCUUGUUUUCAGACGAUGAGGACUCCCAGAUCUUCCCAUCUGUCCCCAAAAGUCAUUCUAAACCUGAAAUGCAGAGCCAGACCAAGAAAUCAGCAGUGUCCUUAUUCGAUGACGAGGAUGAAGAGGACCUGUUUGCAUCUGCCCCUAAAUCUAAACCUAAAGCACACCAGACUAAAGCCUCCACUCCACAGACCAGUAAGGCCACAUCCAGCUCCCUCUUCAGUGAUGACGAGGACCAGUGGUUGAGUCCGAAGAGCACGGAGAAGUCAGAACCAAAGAGUGGGAUGAAGUCGAGUGUGAGCGCCCCCUCCAGUCUGCCCAGUGUCAAAGCACCUCAAAAGAGCAGUCUGUUUGAUGAUGACGAUGAUGACCUGUUUGCUCCCCCUAAAGAGUCAAGUCAAAAGAAGUCUCAGAGAGUAGCACUGCUGUUUGAAGACGAGGAUGAAAAUGACAAAGGAUCCCUCUUUAGUAUCAAACCCGCAGCUUCACCAUCUCCUAAACCUUCCCCAGCUCCCUCCAAGUCCCCCACCCCUACCCCUAAGACCACCACAGACAUCCCACCCACCACGACAGCAGAAGACCAGCCUCUAGAUGUGUCCAAACCAGAGGAGAAGACCCCCGAGCCAGUGCCAACCUCACCACCAGAGGGCAGUGCAGCCAAGAAGAAGCCAGCCGGAGCCGUCAGCCUUUUCGGAGGGAUCGAUGUGUUCGCCAAAAGCCCCAUCGGGCAAGAGACGGAGAAAGAUGGUAGUGACAUUCCUCCCCUUAAUGUGAAGGAGGAGAAAAAGGAUGAGAAGAAAGAGGAGAAGAAGGAGGAAAGUAAUGAGGAGAAGAAAGUGGAGAAGAAAGUGGAGAAGUCCAAAGUGAAGGCUGUGAGUUUGUUUGACGAUGAUGAAGAGGAGGAGCCAGAUCUGACAGAUUCGAUAUUUCCGCCACCCAAACCUGCUAAAAAUACUCUAAAGUCGACAGAGGAGAGGACUCCAGCCAAAAGCACUGGAGUGUUCCAGGACGAAGAGCUGCUGUUCAGUCAAACUCAGCAGAAGGACAAUGACCCCGACGUGGACCUCUUCUCCUCCUCCUCAGGGAAAACCACUCACACUACGAGUUCCAAACCCAGCAGCACAGUGAAGCCAGCCGCUCCAAGCCUGUUUUCAGACGAUGAUGAAGACGACUUGUUCAGUUCUGUCAAACCCAAAGCCCCUCCACCGAAAGUAGCAGAGAAACCCAGUAAACCAGCGGAGAAAGCACCACUAGCCAGCCCAGAGCCUUCUUCAGAGAGCCAGAAGCCUGCCCCAGCUCCUGUUAAACCUAAAGAUCCCUCUUCAAGGAUUGGGAAACUUCAAGCGUCGCUGGUGAUAAACCCAUCCGCUCUCCUGCCUGGUGCCCUCCCCUCCCUCCCCAGCUCAGGCUCAGGUCUGGGGGCCAGCUCCUCUUCGGGGGUGUCCAGCUCCAGCCUGAGCCCCAGUCCGCUCACGUCUCCUCUGGAUCUGCCCCGAGACUCAGAGGCCACAGGGGUCAGCUUUGACACGCCCGCACAGGUCUCCACACUGCAGAGCGCGCACAAGGGCCGAGUGAAAGGUUCUUCCCAGCGCAGGCCCCAAUCCAGAGCAGCUCGACAGCAAUCUGCUCAGAAGUCUGUGGAGGGCCCUGGGGAUGACUUGGAAACUGCACCCAGCCAGAGCGUGCCUAACCUGGGCAUACCUCCUCCAGAAAAGCCCCCCUCUGCUCCAGUCCAACCAUCUUCCGUACCUUCUGCACUCUCACUACCAGUGUCCACAAACAACACAGACUCUAGCAAAGAAAGCAGCAAAAAAACGAAAAACACGUUACCCAUUCCGGACGACAUUUUCAGCUCUGAUAGUCUGUUCGGAUCCAGUAUAGCCCCGUCUAAACCGCCUCAGACUAGUUUGAAAAGUGAAUCUUCGCCGGCCAGUAAUGACACGAAGGCGAAGAAAGAGAAAAGCACUCUCCCAUCUCUCUUUGAUGACAGCGCUGAUGAUCUUUUCCAGAAGGUGAAGUCCAAACCGAGCACUAAGAAAGCCAAGCCCGCUGUGUUUUUGGAAGAGGACGAUGACGAGGAUCUGUUUGGAGUUAACAACAGCUCCACCCCCUCCUCAAACAAUACUAAAGACGUCAAGAGUACUAACAGUUUGUCAAAGCAAGAUAUUUUUCAGGAUGACGUUGAAUCAGUGCCUAAAGCUCAGAAAAAGCACAAAGAGAAGCAGAAGGAGAAGAAGUUUGAUGCCAGUCUGUUUGACGAUAACGUGGACAUUUUCGCCGAUCUGUCGGACACGUUCAAACCCAAACACAAGGCCAAGACAAAAGGAGAUGCCAAGUCCAUAUUCGACGAUGACAUGGAUGACAUUUUCUCCACAAGCACAGUCAAAGCAGCGGCCAAGGCUCCUCCUAAACAGAAGAAAGCCCCCUCUCCCCCAGAGCCCAGCGCAGUCUCAGACACAGCAGACAUAUUCGAUGACCCUCUCAACGCUCUGGGAGGAAACUGAACUCAACUCGCCUUAUUUCUACACCUGUGGACUAGCUCAUCACGAGACCCAACGGACAGACCCGGACACUGUUAUAUUUAUUCACAGUCAUGCCGUUUAAAAGUCCUAUAUUAUGCUUAUUUUUGAUAUGUGCCGUAAUGUUGUUUUCUCAUCGCAAACAUACCCAGAGUUGUGUUUUCUUUCAUUCACACGUUUAGCUUCUCUCAAACUGAAAACACUCUGUUCCACCAUGUGAUGUAACUAAGUGCUGAUACAGGUAGUGCUCCUCUGUAUUUUUAAACUCCACACACUUUCACUAGAAUCAUUUGAAUAAUUUACAGCUCAGGAAUUACCAGACUUUGAAGCUACAACUGUUGUUUUGGCCUUUAAACUAAAAAGGCAACAACUGAUGGUUAUUUUUAUAAGUUUUAGUUGUAGUUCAGAUGUACAUGGCUCUAAACUUGAAAACUGCCACUUUAUGACAUCACAAGAUAGAACAGAGAAUUUUCAGAUCAGGAGAUGUAAAAAGGAUAAUAAUGCUGGAUUACUCAAACAUUUGUGAAUGAAGUAAAACACAAUUCUAGGUAUGUUUUUGAAGAGGUAACAACAUUCUAACAUGACUAAAAGCUCAGAUUAAAGACAGGGUAUUAUGCACUUUCUACCAUAUUAUAUCAAAACAUGCCUGAGGAGGUUUAACCAUGCAUCUCUGAGUAAUUUAGCAAUCUCUCCUGGGCCCUAUUCGAACCCUUCUAACAGUUAGCUGUAAGAUUGUUUGUAGUGCUAUGCGAUGUGAAAUAGCUUCAUUAGUGGGAUUGUACUGUGAUAGUGCUCUGAAGGGGCAGUGACUUAACACAGGGAGCAAAGCGAGGGGAGACUUAAAACAUAUUAAUGCUUUGUUUUUGGAGGAUAUAGCAUUAUCAAAACAAUAGUUAAUACCCUACAGAAGUAAAAUACCACCUCUUUAAUCAAUUUCACGUAAUGUAGGACCUUUAAAUACAAACAUAAUUCUACUCAUCUUGCUUCUCUGAAAAUCAUUUACCGAUAAAUUCAAGUCUGAAACGGUUCGUGCUGUUUUUGAGUAACAUUGUACACAGUAGCACUUUAAAAGCAUUAUGAGGAUGCUUACCCUGGAGGCCUCUCAGUUGAUUCCUUUGUGAAAUUAUUUAUGGUUUUGGUUUUGGCCAUGGUGAGAUUCUUUGUGUUGGUGCCAUAUGUUGUUGAAGGAUGUUUACUCAUUGUCUUAGGCAUUUUGAAUGUUUUUAUUAAUUGCAAAGUCAUUCAUUUCUUAACUCUGCCUGUGAUGAAAAAGAAAUUCAUUUUUAAUAACUAAAAAGAACCAUAUUUUAUUCUCUCAA